UGGAGCCGAAGCUUGACGCGGGACGUUUCUGGUCUCGAGCACCGCGGAUUUACUUCACCUGGCACGCGCACGAUGAUGGAAAUGAAUAUGGAAUGAUAACGACCGACAGCGCAAGAUGGGAAGGCGUUGAUAUCCGCUUUAACUUCCCCCGGUGGCGGCUCGGCUUCGAAAUGGAUGAAUUCCAUCCAUUUAUUGAGGCUCUGCUGCCCCAGGUCCGUGCCUUCGCCUACACAUGGUUCAACCUGCAGGCUAGGAAAAGGAAAUACUUCAAAAAACAUGAGAAAAGGAUGACUAAAGAAGAAGAGAGAGCUGUCAAAGAUGAACUGCUUGGGGAGAAGGCAGAGGUGAAACAAAAAUGGGCGAGCCGUCUGCUGGCCAAGUUAAGAAAGGAUAUUAGACCUGAAUGCAGAGAAGACUUUGUCUUGUCAAUUACUGGAAAGAAAACAGCAUGCUGUGUCCUGUCAAACCCCGACCAGAAAGGCAAAAUGAGACGGAUAGACUGUCUCCGACAAGCUGACAAGGUGUGGCGGUUGGACCUGGUAAUGGUCAUCCUGUUCAAAGGAAUCCCAUUAGAAAGCACAGAUGGAGAGCGGCUGGUAAAGGGAGGCCAGUGCUCCAAUCCAAUCCUGUGUGUCCAACCUCGACACAUCUCUGUCUCUGUCAAAGAGCUCGACCUCUACCUCGCUUACUAUGUACAAGAAAGAGAGGCGGAGCAGAGCAGCAGUCCCAGUCAUACAGGAGUGGGCUCUGAUCAGGAAGACAGUCGAACAGCUACCAUGGAUGGUCCAGAGUAUCAGGAGAGUUUUGUGACAUCAGGAGUUUUCAGUGUCACUGAGCUGGUCCAGGUCUCAAGAACUCCAGUAGUCACAGGCGUAGGUCCUAGUUUCUCUAUGGGAGAGCUCCAGGGUCAUCUGGCCUACGACCUCAACCAGUCUGUCAACCAGCCAGUCAGCCUCAGACGAUCACUGGCCAGCACCUCAUCUAGCGGGAGUAAGCGUCUUAAAUCUGGCUCUAUGGAGGAAGAGGCUGACAGUCCAGGGGGGGAGUAUUACCACUCACCGUCCUCUCCUGCCAGCAGCUCCAGGAACUGGACUGAUGACAUGGAAGGAGGUCUGUCUCCCCCAGUGAAGAAGGCAGAACUGGACAGUCCCUCUCCUCAGGAAGACUCACCAAGACUGGGCUCAUUCACUCAGCACCACCGGCCAGUCAUAGCUGUUCACAGUGGUCUGUCUCGUAGUCCCCACCCCUCUUCAGCUCUUCAUUUCCCAUCCUCCUCCUACUUUCCCCAUGGAGCAAUCCGCUAUCCUCCUCAUCUGGCCCAGGACCCUCUGAAAGAUCUGGUCUCAUUGGCCUGCGACCCUGCCAAUCAAACCUCCAGCUCACUGAAUGGCAGCAAUCAGGUUAAAGUGCCCAGUCACUACAUCUCAUCUCAGAUGUUGGCACCCCCUGGACCAGCUCCCACCCUGUGUCCUGCCCCAUCCUCCCUUCCCAGGCCAACACUGCCUGCAGAGUCAAAGGCCACUACCACCUCCUCUGAUGGAGUGACAAACUCCCCCACAUCCCCCACAUACUCAGCCCCUGGGACCCCCCCUGCCAAUCGCACCUCCUUCGUUGGAGUCACCCCUCGAGACCCAGGUGGACUCUACCAAGCCCAGUCUUGGUAUCUGGGCAACUGAGUGAACUCUGGAGGAAAGGUGAUUGUCACGGCAGUGCUGUCCUGGAGGAAAGGGAACGAUGCUGUCAAGAUAUUGCCAGAGGAAAAAUAUAUUCAGCUUUGUAGAAACAUGACAUGUGGUCAUACAUAUAUAAAAAACAUACAAAGUAAUGUAUUGAUAUAUAUGUAUAUACCAAGAAGUGACAGCCAGGAUGAAGAUGGAUGCUGCUCUCACUCAGCCAUUCUGCAGCCAUAAAAUGAACUAUACUGUAUGACACUCAUCAGUUCUCACAAAUGGCAAGUCAAAGUAAUGGAGUGUAGUUGGUCCAGAUAAACUGUAGACCACAACCAGGCCUCAGCACACCAGAUCAGAAGAAGCCUGUAACCUAACCUAAACUGUCCCCAGGACGAGGCCUGUUUCCCAGGGAUGGAUAUCAGUCUUACCUGCGUAUCCUGGGUCUUAACUAAAAAUCUGGUAUAAGACCUCCUCUCUGGAACAGACAUAGUCCUCAUCCCUGUCAACACCCAGAAUGCCCCUCUCCGCUGCAGGUGCUGCUUAAUAUAUAUGCAAAUAAGCCUCCCGUAUUUUCUGAACCAACUAGAAAGAGAGCUCCUGUUGUUAAUAUUUAAUGUUUCUUUGCACUUUUUAAUGUUAUUGAUAUGUCUAAAUAUUUUGAUUAGCCCAGUGUUUCCCUCCCUUCUCACCAAAAGACAGAGGCUUUGUCUUUUUUGACAAUCACCAGCCUAAAACCAUAAACUUGCUUUCUAAGUUCAUGUUUUAAAGACUAUUUGAUAAAAUCAGAAAAUAAUGAGUAACAGUGAAAUUCAAGAGCUAUUUUCAGGGCCCCUCCAACACAACAGACAAUGCUACAGUUGGACACGACUAUAGAGUUUAGCCUAGUGCUACUGCUAUCAGAAAAGGUUGUUUUGAGCAGGGGACAUCUUUUUACAUGAACGAUCGAUUUGUCAUGAAAGUACUUAUCCAAGUGGCCAAAGGCACAUUGUUUGGAGGAGACCUGCACCCUGCCAAAGAGAAACGACUCAGAAGAAAUGAGAAAAGGCAAAGACAAGAUUAUGUGGAAACACAACCACAAUUUAACUGGCUGUAUAACACUAAAUGUGUCUUAAACAGCAUUGUGUGUGUGUGUGUGUGUGUGUGUGCGUGCUUGUGUGUGCAAGUGUACAGUAUGUAAGUGCAUGCAUGUGAGUGUGUGUGUGAGUGAGUGUGUCAAAAUGGGAAUGUUGUUCCUGUAUUUCUACACUCAUCUUUGCUCUGUUUUGAGAAGAUGUGUAGCUUUUGUUUGUGUCUCAGAAGUCAGUAGUGAGGUUUUUCAUUUCAUAUAGGUAGGAUAGAAGGAACGCAGCAGGCAUUGCACUAUGCUUAAGUUAUGCUGGUGUGUGUUUUCUUAAAGUUAUUGAUGGUUAUGACAUCAGGUUGUUUGCAUACUGACUUGACCUGAGCACAAAAGUCUUGUCUAGAUGGUGUCUCAUACAAGUUCUGGACUGUCUAGCUCAACUCCAGAUCAACCUCAACAAUCUUCGGAGGAACUGUAGCAGUUGGUUUAGGUAGGGGUGGGCUGGAGACAGCUGAAUAGAAGGGCAUUUUUUUGGCAAUGCCAGGGUUGGUUUCAGAUCAAACCUUGAUGAUUUACCACUUGAAACAACAAAGUCAAGCAUUUAAAAAUAAAUAAAUAAAAAUAAGCCACAAGCUUGCUUUUUCGUGUCUAACUUUGACACAGAAUAUGCAUUAUGAGGGUGCUUUUGUGAGGAUAAGAUAGUAUUCCCUUGUGGCUGGCUUUUCACAGCUUAAUUUAGUCAAUAACCUUAUGAAAGCCAUUUAAUAGCUUAAAAUCUUACAUGCUGCAUUUAAAGUUUAAUUAGAAUUCUUUCCAUCCUUUGCAUUUAAUAGAGCCCAAAGGUUUAUUCUUUUCUAUGGGAAUGCUGACAUCUCACACAUUCAUAGAAGUCAUAAAGAGUGAGAUGUCAGUUCAAGGAACAGUAACAAAAGUUGUUGUCAAAGAGCUGAAUGUAGAUGAAUAAUACAAUCCGGAAUCUUCUUUUAAAUUACAAAGCAGUCUGUUGAAAUUUGUUGCAUGGAGAUGUGUAUUGGUGUAUCUUUGUUAAGGUGGCUCCAACUAAAUGCCAAGUGUUUUUGCAGACUGUAGGCAAGGUCCCACAGUCUGUGUGCUUACAUGUGCUCAGACUUGGGAUUCCCCAGAGGAAGUGGGGGCUGAUAUUUUCAUCCACUUUAUUUUCCUUUUUCUUGUCUGUUUGUGUCUAGAAAUUUUAGUAUCAUAGUUUUGGAAUUAGUGAUUUUGCACCAUCUAGACCAAGGGUCUUCUCUGCCCACAUGCAUUUUUCUAUUGGCUUUAUAUGCAGUCAGGCUGCAUCUAAAAAAAAACUAAGCUUAUGUCCAUGUUAUUCCCCUUUUCUUUCCCAGGGUUUGGGAUUAAAGUUGACAGCAGUCAGUGUCUGCUAGGGGUUCAGAUUUUGUACUGAGUGUGCUGAUAUGGACUGGGUUUUCAAACAAGGUUUCAGGUUUGGUUUAAGUUGGCCUAAAGCUGAUGUAUGCUGCAUGCUGCUGCAGUGGUCGCUGUGCUGACCUAAUGAAUGCAUGGCUCGAACUGAUGAUACCUCUUCCUCUCUGUCCCUAUCCCUACCCCCGACCCCUUCUUCCUCUGUAUUCUAUGCUAUAUCAGAGGGCAGCGGAAGGGCUGGCAAUUUCUUUAAAUUUUAAUAAUAGCCCUGUUGUUAAACUUCUAUUUUGCACGAUAUUUCAUAAAACACAUUAUGUGCCUUGCCUUUAGUUAAAGUUCAGUACAUUAAUGGACAGUGUUUACACUUUUCAUGGUACUUCUGGAAGCUUUAAAAAAGCUGCAUGUGUAAUUGCUUGGUAUUAACCAGUGUAGCCGGUAUACAAUUUUAGGUUAAGCAGAGCCAGUGCCUGCCAGUUGAGAUACUAGCAAACUUAGAUUGAGAGAAAGCUCUCAAUGUGGCCAUUGAGCUAAUAUUAUUUUGUCAAACAUCGUCAUUUGCCAUAAGCGGUGUUGACACCACUUGUAGAGAUGAUCUGGUGUAGUGACUCUGGUGUUUAAAGGGAAAGUGGUAAAAGUGUGUGUGAACUGGUUAAUUGACAUUGACAGUGUGACUGUGUCAAAUAUGUCGUUCACUGUUUUGUUUUUCAAUUAGGUGUGUGCUUUUCCAAAAUGUGAACACUAAUGUGUUGUAAAUAAACCAUACACUAUUUUAGUGUUUAGUUACAGUAUGCCCACCUUGGAUCUGAAAAUGCCACUUUGUAAGAGCAAAACCAUUGGUUGUAAAAGUAGCCUGAGUCCUGCCUAAAUGUUCACAAUACAAACAAAUUACAAAGCCAUGAAUUAGUUUGCGCUUUAUCUGGAUGCAUUCACUUGACUAUUUAACUUGGCUUUAAGGUUAUUUUUUCAGCUACUUCUUCAGCUGUUAUUAUGUUUCUUGUAAAAUUCAAGUUUUAAACAGCAGUGUGUUGAAAAAUAUGAACGUGGACCUAUGACUAGUAGGGCUUGUACAUUUUACUUUGACUGUGGUGGCCAAGAUGUAGAGCAAAGGACUCGUGAAAUGACAGCAAAUUUGGGUGGGCUUAUUUAGCAAUGUGAGGGAUGAUGAAUGGUGAUGGGUGAAAAUGUUAGUGGGAGAGAGACAAUCCUGGAAGUCAAUGUGAGUGCAAACCAGAUUUCACAAAAAAAGGCAACAAUUGUUCAGAUUGCACAGUCCUUUAAAUGUGUUAUUUUGAUUACAGUCAGCAUUUAGAGAAAUCUGAAAUUGGAUCUGGAUCAUGAACAAGAUAGACAUGAGGUUAUAAGAUGACCGAUGAUGCCUGAUAGUGGCAGCAACACUUAUUAGAAUGUCUUAAUCUUGUACUGAAACAUAGGGGCUUUGUAUAGGAUGAAUCAUGCAAAAUUAAACAAUUAAUUAUGACCAGUAUUAUUUUCUAUUGGCUGUAGUAUCAUCCAUAAGGAAAUUGCAGUUGAAAUUAGCAGAAUGGGUGUGGUUUAUAACCCACAACAGGGCAUAUUAUGGUUCAUUAUCUUCUUUUACAACUACCUUCGAGCCCUUUUUACAUACUCCUGGGUGUGGCAAACCAGGCGUUCACCCGUGGUGGACUGUUGGACUACAAUGUCAGGAAGUAUCAAGAUAGAGUUGCGCAUGCGUAGUGUUGAACUUUUUACUCAAACGCUGUCCCUUCAGUUGUUGCUGCUUAAAGUCCCUAAUGUGCUGACACAAGGUCUUUGCUUAAUACCACCACCAAUCCAAAAUGCAACAAGACAAACAGUUUGCUUAGUCCUCUAUAUCAAACUCACUCAAACAUAAUAUAAUACAUAUACAUAAUAUAAUUUCUUCCACCCCUUGUGAGGAGGGGAAGUCCAAUUGAGGAAUCAACAAUAAUCAACUUCAUUGUGCUCAGAAUAUCUGGAAAUUCCCCACCUUGAGUGUUGAUAAGAAUAAUGUAUUUAUCACAAAAAUUAAUUUGACAUGCUUUUCAGGUCUAAAACCACUCAAAGCGAAUCACUCCACAGUUGACAUUCACCUAUUCAUAAGAACAUUCAUACACUAAUGAUAAAAGCUGUUGCAUCUUUCUGAGGUUUUUAUCUCUUGAGAACUGUUCAUCCAAUCUAUUUCAUAUUUACAAAACUCACUCUGCAGCAGUGGUUGGGAGACAGAGACCUCAAUUCAAGUCACUCAAAAAACACAUACAACACACACACACACGUACAAACAGCAGCAGACAUUUGUAGAUAGGCUCAAUUUACAGUAUAAUAGUUAUUGAAACUUUUAUGCAACGUUAAGGCAUCUUUCCUGCAUUUUUCACAGCAGUUUUAGUCCAGGCUGUACAAAGUUAUGGGGCAUUUCCUUUCACAUAUGUUGGUUUAUCCUGGCUAAGUUGGACUCAGCAUGUCAGCCAAGCACAGCAGGUUUUAACAUAUCCAUUAUAGCCAGCCACUUGAUGGCCUUUAAUAAUGACACUCUUAUGUUGAGCAGUGCUUAAAUGAGCGGCUAUAAAAACACUUAGCUCUCUGCAGUGGAGAGGGAUCAUCCCAAACAAAGCACUGCUAAUUCAGAGAUAAGACACAUUCUUAAAUCCUUCACAGUUAAAGUCCCCAGUGUAAAGUUAUUCAAAUCUUUUAUCAUGAAGCACCAAAACUGGGAAACAUUGGCUUUUCAUCAGCAGCAACUCAGCACGACAUCUGGAACAGCUGAGAGUGGACAUGGGUUAGGAACGAGGUGGAGGUAUAGGUGCUGGUUAUGCCUAAAAAGAUGUCAUCUUAUUUCAGUUUUAAAUAUUUUGAUUACACACUGCAAACAGUGUGAAGUGUGAAGUAGUUUGGAUGAGCAUUUUCAAGAAAGCUGCAAUGCCUAAUGCCAGAGGCCAAGCAACAGACACAUUGGUAACAGGCCUUUCCAUGCAACACUUUUCUCAUGAAAAAGACAGCUGAAUUGAAGUGUUUUCUCUGCUUAUCAAAAUAAACCAGCAGGGCAAUAGCAUGGAAACUGGAAAAAAAAACUAAAAUGAUUUCAAGACGCAGUGCCUUUCAUGUUUAUGUUUACUUUGUAUACUGUACCUUGCAGUACAUGUUAAAUUUAAACACUACAUGAUUGUGUGACACGUCAACCUAUUGAUUGGUUUGAAAACAUCACUAGCUGUGUAAAUGAGCUGGCCAGGUCGUGAGACGAUAAGCCAUAAAACAACCCAAAGAGUUAAAGAAAACCUAAAUGAACACUGACAUCUGCAUUUGAGUGGAAGUGAACGUGUUUUUUUGCAGUAAUAACACUGCAGGUAAAUGAUUCUUCAUUUUAGGUUGGAUUAUUUUCAGAGACUAUACCUUUGUCCUAUUUUAACCUCCUUUCAAGGCUGCACUUGAAAAAGGCUGUCAGAGUCCAAAUGCUGCUAAAUAAUGUGGUGAUAUCACUCUAUAUAAAGGCACUAAAAUUGUGAGAAGUUACCAAAGACAGAGUUCAGAACACAUCAGAAACUUAAUACUUCAUGAUAAAUAGGUAUCAUGUAUUUCCUGAAUAGUGUUAAGGCAUUAGCAGGAGAAUCAAGUUACUGUAUCAAGGUUCAUUCCUUGCCAUUCUAUAACACACUGAUGCAGAAUGAAAUGCCAUAGUACACACACACAGUCUGUAAUGUAUACAAAAAUUUAAGUAAAAAAACAUAUAGUUAUUGAUAUAUUUAGACACCUAAAUACCAAGAAAGUCUCUUCAUCUUAUCUUGUUCCAGUGUAUUCUGUCUUAAUGAUAACUUAAUUCUGCUUCAUCUUAAUAUUGCAGACCUAAUGGGCCUUUUACACUGAAGACAUUUUAACAUGUAUGUGUCAGUUUGGAAAGCAGAGGUGUAACUGAUAAAAUAAAUGAUGGCUGAGUUUCAUGUAGCUGCUUCAGUUUCAGGGUCCUAUAUUGUGCAUGUUGGCUCACUUUCACACUGUCAUGGCUCACUUGGAUGGAUACUUGAAGAAUGGUGCCAUUGUUAAUGUUAUUAGAAACCCCUGUAAUUUCCCUUCUAUGACAGGUCCAAAUGUUUAAAAUGAUCAUGGCUUGUUGCUUAUAUACCCUUAAUCCAGAGCUUAAUGGCUGACAACAUAUUACUGACCAUUGCAUUAUUAUUACACUUACAUUAAUUAUAGUAGGAAUUGCAGUAAAAUAUUAUUAGACAUUAUAGACCCGAUUAUAAAUGUACUAUGUUGAAGAGCUUUCGGCCAAGGACUACAUGUUCAGCCACUUUUUGCCAAUUUUAUUCUUUGAAGAUGCAUACAGUCCAUACAGUCAGGAUUCUUAUUGCCAAUGUUAUUAAAAAUGUUUGACUAUGUUCAUAGUGUCUUUGUGGUAUGUAACAUUUACUUUAAAUGUUGGCAGUGAAAGCAUUAGACCAGACAGAUGACUAGGGUACUCUGAGUACUAGGAAUGCUGCUUUAAGGAAAAUAACCAAUGUUAAGUAUUGGCAGUGUCAUUGUGUUCAGUACCCAACAUGUACAUAAUAAAAAUGCAGUGUUAAGUUGUUGCUAUGGACAGUUUAGGCUUUGUUUCAUCAUUGUUUGGGCAUUUGACCUACCACAUGAACAAUUAGCAGUUCAUUAACAUGUCUGGCAUUUUAAUGAAUUUAAUAUCUACAUUAUGAUCCUGCUAUUAGUUAACUAUGCAUUAGCUUCUUCUCGAUAGUUGGGAACUACUUAGAAUUGUGCGUAACUGGUUAAGUGUGACCACCAAACUGUUAUGCUGCCUGAAUGUGUCCCAUGCAGUUGACAGUAUCUCAAAUGUUAAUGAAGCAACCCAUGAAUUCACAUCAUCCACGACUUGGCUGUCUCUGCUGAACUUAUCAACUUAUCCAUGACAUAACUGUAGUUUUUGCCCCGAAGGCAAGUUGAAAAAUCGAAAAUCCUGCUUACUUUUGUGGUUAAAAGAAAAAAAAAAAAUAGCCACCAUAUGAAUGUUGUCAGUUUCUUGACACUGUCAAAAAUAUUUAGAAAUUUGUUGACCACAUUUAUUGGGAUAAAUUUAUUAGGUGUGAAGUUGCCACUAGAUUUUUCUAUACUUUGUGGUACAGACCAAGUGUUGUUUUGACCACUGUUAGCAGAGAAUAACCAAUAUUUUUGAAUGACUCCAUUUGAGAUGCAUCAUGGCAGAAUUAUAACUGCUUUCUGAAGCUUUUGACUGUAAUUGGCUUAUUAAAGUUAGUUUUGUAAGUAGUUUAACUGAAUAGUGGCACUAUGGGUGGUCAUUCCCAUUUUAUAACGUAUCAGCUAACAUUGAUCAAUCUUUACCCGACAGCUGUGAGAGGAGCAAAGAGACUGUUGAAUAUCUAACAAUUAAGUUUUGGGGGAUGUUUUCCUAGAGGGCUCUUUUCUAUAAAGUUAUUAUCAUUCAACACCCUACUGCUGCGGUUGCCUGAAAACUUUGUAAUUCUAAUAUGUGUUUGUUUUUUGUGUUUUUUUUACAUGAAUUGCAAGUUUGUUUUUUUUAUUGCACUCAAAACCUUUUCUGUAAUUCAGACUCACUGCAGAUUGAACACCUUUCAUACUUACUGAAAAUCAGAUUUUGUAGAGCUACAAGUUUUCCUGUGACAGUGAUGCAAUGUUAAUUCCUUUCUGUAUCUGCGGUUAUAUCACUUCUGCACACUGUUACUCCAUGUGCUGAAGACGAGUUGUAAUGAACAAAAUAGUUAUUUCUCACAGAAAAUUUUAUUGCAGUCUCAUAUUUUAAGUUUUCUUCCUAUAAUUUUUCAGUUGUUACAGUAUAUGACUGCUUCGCUAGCUUCCAGAUAUAUCCCUUACAUCAGAGAGAGCAUAGGCAUGAUCAGCUUUCACCAGUUAUUGCAUGACUACAAUUCGCACAGACCGCAGUUAUGUUUGCAUUAAGUGCACACUGGGACAUUAUAUAGAUAAUUUAGCUAUGGCAUAACACAAAAUCUUCGAUAAUCAAUUAUACAUAUGAUAGAUGAUGAGUUGCUCUGCUAUCUCAAAACAGUUGACAUAGUGUGGGUGCAACACAGAGUGCAUUAUGGUCACUUCCAAAAGAAGACAUUAAAACAACAUCAGUGUGAUGGCUAUAACUCUGGUCAAACAAGAAACUGUCUUGUUUAACUUAACUAAAUAACUUGUCCUAAUAUACAACUUUAAUUGACACCUGCCAGUAUGAAAUGUGCACAAUUUGGUAUCCCAACAUGAGAAAAUAAUAGAUGAGGCAGAGGCAAGUUAUGCUUCUUAUCUACUGCUUACAUUAACUCUGGCCUGAGAUGUUCACUGUGGCUGACAGUGACAAAGGGCUGCUACUCUGGACAGGAUGUAGUUUAUAGCUUUAACAAGCACUUUAAGUAAUUUUCCUGUGUAAAUGUCAAUAAUCAACCUUCUCUUGCAUGAUGUAAACUGUACCUCUAAGACUACAUUUAGACAGGGAUAGGCAAUUGUGUCAACACUGUUGCGUACUUGUCUUCUCAUGGUUACAUGAACUUGACAAUUGCCCGUUUAAAGUUGGAGUGCUGUUCCCGUUUGAAUGAAUCUGUCUGAAUCUAUCUGAAUCUGUUGCUCUGCCCUAAUGUUAUUCAUCUGCUGUGGGGGAUAUUAACAUCCUUAAUAAUGUGUCAUUCUAAACAUAUUUAGCCAUUGCUAUCAGGAAAUGCUAAUGAAUUCAUUGCUGGAAAUGAGUAUGAUUCCCUAUGCAAAAAUAUACCAUUAAUAAAUAAACUAUACCAAAACCAGCCAAAAAAAAA